AUGGACAAAGAUGGAGUUCAUGAAUGGAGAAGUCCCCCUAACUAUGGGUUCCUUCCUUAUAACGAUGACAGACUUAUUGCCCACUUCUUCAUGGCUUUAGCGGAUGCCAAACGAUCCUCUAAAAUCUUGGAGUAUUAUAUGAGAAUUGGAAUGUGCAAAUAUGAAACAUCUUGCAAAUAUCACCAUACAAGACAGGGAGGUGGAACUGCUGGUCCUGUGGCACUAAGCAUUUCAGGAUACCCUAUUCGUCCGGGAGAAAAAGAGUGCUCAUACUAUGCAAAAACAGGGCAGUGUAAAUUUGGUGUAACCUGUAAAUUCCAUCAUCCUCAAACAUCAGGCAUUCAAGUCCCACCAUCAGGACCUGCUAUUUAUCCAACACUUCCAUCAUCUCACCAACAGUAUGGAGUGGUUUCAGGAAACUGGCAAGUGGCAAGGCCUACUCUAAUUCCAGGUUCAUACAUCCAAGGGGAUUACUGUCCUAUAUUAUUUCCUUCAGGGGUUGAUUCAUUUCCCAGUUACAGUCCUUAUCAGACACAUGCCAGUCCAAUAGCUUCUCCAAGCAAUCAAUCCUCUAUUGGAGCACCUCCUGUAUAUGGUGUAACUCAAUUAUAUCAUUCAACGCCUGCUUAUACUGGAACUUAUUUAUCAUUACCUUCUAUUGUUGGUCCCUCAAGCGGUGGCCAGAAGGAACAGCCGUUCCCAGAGAGGCCUGGUCAACCGGAAUGUCAGUAUUACAUGAAGACGGGAGAUUGUAAAUUUGGAUCGUCAUGUAGAUACCAUCAUCUACCAGAUUGGAGCAUAACAAAAGUAAAUGUUGUCCUUAGCCCUAUGGGACUUCCACUUCGUCCGGUAAGCACUCAACUUGUUAUUAUUGCAUGUGCAUUAUCAUGGGGUUCAAGUUGUGACUUCGCCUUGUUUUAUUUUUUGUUUACUGUACCUUUAUCCGUGUUUAUUGUGUGUUUCAGGAAACUAUCUUCUUUUUCUGUGUUUCUUAAGUUUUGA